UCAUCAUGUACGCAUUAUUUGCUUUCGUAGUCGCCUGCUUAGCAGUAGCUGCUCACGGCUACCCAAAUAUUCAUAUUGUUGGUGGGGAAGAUGCUCCGGAAGGCAAAUAUCCGUAUCAAGUGUCAUUGAGAAGAUCAGGAUCUCACAGUUGUGGUGGAUCCAUCGUCAGCAGCCGCACUGUUCUUACUGCCGCUCAUUGUGUAGUAGAUUUAGUCGGUAAUUCCGCGGCUUUGAGACAGUUAACUAUCCAUGCCGGCACAAAUCGUUUAAGCGAAUCUGGUGUCGUUUAUACAGCGGUCGAAGCCAUCGCUCAUGAGGAUUUCGAUUCUUUUGAACUAGUCAAUGACGUUGGUUUACUUAUUCUAUCAACUACUAUAGAAUUUAAGCCAUUGGUACAACCUAUAGUACUUGCAACAAGUGACAACGCUCCCGCUGGUCAUACCUGCACCUUAACUGGAUGGGGAAGAACUUCGGUUGGUGGCUUAGUUCCUAAUAACUUACAACAAAUCGAGUUGCUUGUUCACGAUCAAGCUAAAUGCAAAGAAGCCCACUCGAAUGUACGGCCAACUCAUAUUUGUACGCUAACAAAAGCAGGCGAAGGCGCGUGCCAUGGUGAUUCCGGUAGUGCUCUUGUUGCUGAUGGUGUUCAGAUCGGUAUUGUCUCUUUCGGCAUACCAUGCGCUCAAGGAGCUCCCGAUGUAUAUACUAGAGUAUCCGCUUUCCAAGAUUGGUUAAAACAACAUGUUCCUAUGAAUGCAUCUUUGCUUCAGUCAUUAUCAAUAAAUCUACAAUCAAAGAUGCAUACACUCGUUUGUCUUUUAUUUGUCGCUUUGACAUACGCCGUACAAGUACAAGGGGGUUUAUCUCCUCGUAUCGUCGGGGGCAGGGAUGCUCCUGUUGGCAAAUAUCCAUAUCAAAUAUCAUUCAGAUAUCUUGACUUACACGUGUGCGGUGGUUCUCUCAUAAAUUGUAAGAACGUUCUCAUCGCAGCACAUUGUGUUGAAGGGGCAGAAAAUCAAUUACAAUAUUUAUCGGUGCACGCCGGCACAAAUUAUUUGAACCAAACAGGAUAUUCUUAUAAAGUAGCGAAUAUUACUAUUAAUGAAAAUUGGGAUAGAGCACAGCUUAUUAAUGACAUCGCUCUAAUUCAUCUUGCAACUUGCAUCAAAUACAACGCAGUAGUGCAGCCGAUAAAGCUUGCGACAAGUGAUACAGGUCUUGAAAACAAACCUUGUACAUUAUCCGGAUGGGGAACUACUAGGUUGGGUGGCAAUGUUCCGAAUAGUUUGCAAGAAAUUGAUUUACUAAUUUAUCCUCAACAACAAUGUAAGGCAGCACACCCAGGAAUAUUAAAUAGCCAUAUUUGCACUUUGACUAGAGCAGGACAAGGAGCGUGCCAUGGUGAUUCCGGUAGUCCUUUAGUGGUUAAUGGAACUCAAGUUGGAAUUGUUUCUUAUGGUCGACCAUGCGCGAUUGGAUAUCCAGAUGUAUACACAAGGGUGUCCAGUUUUUUGUCUUGGAUUAUACAGAAUAUAAAAUAGGAUUUAUUGUAUUUGUUUAUUAAAAUGUCAAUCUAUUUAUAUAUGAGUCAUAAUUUAGUUUUAAAAUAUGGUUUAUAUAAAUUUAUUUCUGAAUAAGAAAUGUACUACAUUUUCUUGUCAAUCAAAUAAACUGUUACAAAUAUAA